GUUAAUGUGCCAGGAAGCUGAGACUCUGGACUCUCCACCCUCAUCACCACAGUGAAACGCCGGGUCCUCCUCCUCACACCCACGCUGGGCAGCACUGUGGAUAGUCUGCACGGAGUUUUUGGAAAAGUUUUCGAAACCAGCAGAAGAUUUUGUGUUUGCAGAAGUUUUGGUCAGACGGGGGGAGGCUGCAUCUUUGGAGACGCCGUUUGAAGCCAAGUGCGCAUUUUUGCGCUUUGUUAUUACCUUGAAGGACUCGGGCUACAUGGAUUCGUCUCUCGAGUUUUCCAGUUCUAUGGGUAGUGUUUCCUCACUGCUAACCCGCUGUCGGACAUUUAAGGUGCUUGUGAUUGGAGACUCCGGGGUGGGUAAAACCUGCCUCACCCACCGACUGUGCGCCGGGGAGUUUCCCUGCAGAUCGGAGGCUACCAUCGGCGUGGACUUCCGCGAGAGAGUGCUUGAAAUCGAUGGAGAGAAAAUCAAGCUCCAGCUGUGGGACACAGCCGGACAGGAGCGCUUUCGUAAGUCCAUGGUGCAACACUACUACCGUAACGUCCACGCGGUGCUCUUCAUUUAUGAUGUCACCUGUCCUGCCAGCUUUAGUGGCCUGACUUCCUGGGUAGAAGAAUGCCGGCAGCACUCCCUCGGCCAGGACAUACCCAGAUUCCUGGUGGGGAAUAAGAGCGACCUCCGUGACCCCAAAAAGACUGACAGCCAGGUGAGCCAGGAGCGGGCAAUGAGCUUUUCCAAAGCCCACGGCAUGAUCUUCUUUGAGACAUCCGCCAAGGAUCCUCCAAAGAAAGGCACGAGCGGACAGCAAGGUAGCAGGCAGGCACUGUAUCAGCAAGAUAAUGUGGAGGACAUCGUCACCGCUGUUAGCCUAAAGCUGAAGAGACAGAAGAAACUCCCGACAGCGAAUUCCAUGGCGUACAGCGGCUCCUUUAAACUCGCUAACAAGAAGAAGGCCGAGAAGGAGCCGAUGACCUGCUGCUGAGAGCGAGGAGGACGAGGACAUGCCAAUCCAGUCACUCCCACACAGAACUUUAAUAUUUAAACUCUUAAAAAUGCAAAACGUGCCACUCAGAAAUUUAGUGUAUAUUUGUGAUCUCAGUGUUUACAAAAGCUGCAAAAUAAAAUACUGUGAAUGUAAACAUGCAAGUGAGCUUUCGAUGCAGUGACGCUGUUUAUUUUCAGCGUGUGUGGUCUGACUGGUUGAGCUCAGGGUUUUCUCAUUUCCCUGUUUUGUGCCUCCUUGUCUCCUCUUUCCUUCUUGUAUCUCAGUGCCUACAGUGCGUCUUGAGGAGAGAGGAGGCUUUGCAGGAGGAGCUAUGAGUGAGGAAGCACAGGUGUGUAAUCUCCAUCUGUGACGUAUGCACAAAUAUGCAAACCCCGGCAAGAUGAGGACUCUUUAAAAA